UUACUUAAUUUACAUAAAAGUCUGCACUAGGAAGUGAUAAUAAGGCCUAAAAUUCGGAGAUUUGAAAUAGUUGUCGCGAAUCUACAGAUUGUGUAUUAUCCUGGACAAUGUAUUCGAGGACAUGUUAUUGUGGAACUUAACAAAGAUAAGAAAAUGAGAGAAAUCCGGGUGAAAUGCCGAGGACGGGCGUACGUUUUCUGGUCUGCAGGGGACUCUAAUUUCUCGGACUCCCAGGAUUAUAUUGAUAACACUAUCGUGCUGUUCGGCAAACCACAAAAUGUACGCGAGGAAACGAUACUAACUGCUGGGAAUUAUUCGUUCCCGUUUGAGUUCGUACUUCCAUUCGGCAUUCCUGGUUCGUUUGAGGGUCCCAUCUCCACCGUAUAUGUGCGCUACUGGUUGAAGGCUACAAUUGAUCUUCCAUGGAAGUUCGAUCCCGAGUAUAAGACUCUGUUCACGGUGGCCUCUGUCUUGGAUCUCAACACCGUGCCUAAUGUUAUGGCAAGCCAGCAAGUUUCGGGUUCCAUGACGGCGUGUUGCUGGUGCUGUGAAACCCCGCCUAUAUCGGCCAGUCUGAGGAUUGACAAGACUGGGUAUGUGCCCGGAGAAUGGGUGGUCGUGAACGCGGAGUUUCAGGAUGGGACGGGCAAAGGUGUUGCUAAGUCAUCGAUUCGCCUUAGAAUACAAACUACCUACCGAGAAAAGGGCGGCAACAAGGGAAGCUCAAAGUCACACUGCGUCAUCAUGGAGCAUGGCCCGGUCAGUGGGGGCGGAAGUGACGCGUGGGUGAAUGAACGAUUCCAGAUACCUGCCCUUCCGCCGUCCCAGCUUCCCGGAUGUGACAUUAUCGUCAUUGAAUAUUUUGUGGAGUUUAAAGUGUACGUUGUGAACACAGAGUUCAACCUUAAACUGACUAUACCUAUAACUAUUGGCACCAUCCCCCUGUACAGAUGUACAUGCGCUCGAUGCGGCCGUCUCCGGAACCUGUAGUCACUCAGCAACCGUACGGGUCGUCGUCAGGAGUAUCCCUUCUGUUUAAUCUGCCUCGGCCUAUCAUCCGUAAGAUAGGCAAUACAUCGUCUGCUGAUCCAGAGUGGGCUCCGGUGUGUUUGUCUUAGUAGAAUGGUCGCCGAUGUGAGAGAUUAUAUAUGUUACCGUCAUUAAUCAACGUAUUCUUUAUUUUGAUGUUUUUACUAUCUAUAGUCUAGUAAUUAUGCUACUUGAUAUACAUAUAUCUAUUGAUAUUGUUGUUUAUAGUUUAAAGGUUUACCUUCUAUGUUAAUUUUUUGCUAUUUACAAUUACACUUGUUAUUAUCAUCGUUUUGUUUUUGUUGUUUACUGUUUGCAAUUGUUUUAUGAUGUAAGUUUCAUUUUUUUGUUUGGUGCCCGGAAUCGUUUUCUACUUAAUAUGUGUUAACCAAUUUGAUUCAUUUCCCGAUUAUGUCCAUACAACUCGAUAUGUUUAAACUGGUUGCAUUUGUAUUUCUCCAUGCAAUUUAAUUUGUGUUUUAAUGGACACUAAAUAUUUGCAUUGAAUUGAGAUUUAAUUAUUGUCUAAGGCAUGUGGCUUGACGUAAAUAUCAUUGUUUUACAAGUUCAAAUUACCUUCAGUGUAAAGUUAGUGAUCGUGUACUUUAGCUGAACACUUAUUUAUAAUUGUCAUGCAAUAUAAAAUUAUGUAAUGCUUCAAAACCGAGCAAAAUGACUGAAACAAGAUAGAUCGACAUUCUAAAUUACAAUCACAUAAAUAUAUAUAUUUAAUAAAUAAUGUCAUGACUAUGAAUUUUAAUAUUUAUACUUCAUAGAGGUCAUAACAACGUUUAUUGUGUUUUUGUUUACACUAUGCAUAAGUAUAUUCGGCUAUAUAAUGUGCAUUUAUACUUGCUUUCUAACUAUACAUACAGUCAAGAUACCAUUUCCGGAUAAUUACCCAAAGCAGAUCACUUUUAUGUUCAAGACUGCGUAUCGCGAUAAAUAGUUGACAUGUUUAAAUGAUUUUUUGCACACAUCAUCUUCAAUGCCUGUUAUUUCAAACGAUUUGAUUGAGUUGUAUUCGGAGCUACUCCUUGUCAAACAUUUCGGAAUGCUUUGCUGACAUGUAUACACGACUUUGUUGACUUCCGUCUUGUUUACAAAUCGAGGGUGAACAUUGUUUGCGGCCACGUGAUAAAACUCUGCUGAAAAGUAAAAGGUUUUCGCAUUAAUUAACAGGCAAUUUAGAAGUCUUUCUUCCUGCAAAAGUCCAUUUCAGUUUUGAUUCGUGUUUAAGAUUUUGCAACACCUUAAAUGAAAAGAAGAAUAAGGGCAAUAAGGGAUCAAGCGUGAGAAUAUGCGUAUUGAUAAUAUAUUAAAUUAAAAUAUAUAUGCAAAUAUUCAAAUAUUCCUUAUUCUUUCAAUAAAUGAUCUCAAUCUUAAUGUUUUAUUUAUGUUUCAUGUUCAAAAUCGAUGAUUAAAUUUACUUGGUUUAUAAGAUGCCCAUAUCUUUUCGACCUAUUUAAUAUUUUCAACAGAUAAUUCAUACUCGAACGUCAUGCGUAAAGUGUAGAUACAUGAUAACCUAAAGAAAUUAAUAAAUAACAAAAAAUGAAUAAAAUGUUUAACUGGCAAUGUUAUUUGGUCAGUGUAAACAACACAUUUCAUGUUUCAACAGUUCAAAUAGCGUAUUAGAUGCCCCACUCAAUGGUUUCGAUCACGUGAUCCGUUUUGGCUACAACUCAUCCGUUGAUGCAUGAAUUCUGAGGCGACAAAAGGUAUCACAAAUACAUUUUGCAUGCGCUUAAAAAUAAUACUAUGCACUGAAACAGUAAGCAAAGGUAAUAUAAAAUCAAACUAGUGUACAAGACGUCUCAAAACAUUUAUUGUUUUUCACCAGAACAACUUUAUUACGCUACUGAUCCGGUAAUGGUAACAUGACUGUACUCAUUUCUACUGUACAUGGUUAUUGUAAGAAUUAAAUAAUGAAUAUAUUUGAUGCAAAAAUGUAUUUAAAGCUGUAAAGUGUACGGUUGUUUGCGAUGUGGCAUUUUGAAUAAGUUAACAUUGUGUUGGACUCAAUGUUUCCUACGUGUAUGGCUUUCUUAUUCCUGUAUUUGUGCGAUAAUGAUCUGAAAUAUAAACUUUAUGAUGCUGUAUUUUUAAAUCUUUUUCUAUAACGAAGGAAUGUAGUUGACACUUGUUCAUAGUUUCAUUCCAUCGUUCCUCAAAAAGUUGUAACUCCGUUGCUCUGGUAUCUUCAAUACCAUUGAGUAAUUAAAUGGUAAUUAAAUUGCAUGCGUUUUAACUCCCUUUUAUUAUUGUUUAAUUUGAGUUACAAUGCUAUGAGGUUAAAUUUUAUUUACACUUAAAUGUCUUAUGAAUAUUGCUGGGCCAAGUGUGAGGUUGAGCGCUCCAAAACCGGUUAUCACCCCCAAUGCUUUGCAUUGACCGUUCCAAGGCGGUGACCCCAGCUUUAUUCUUAUUUGUGUUUAUGUUGUUUUGUAUUGUGCUGUAUUGUGCUGUUGUGUACUGUUUGGGCAAUCGGUCACUUGCCUUAAAUUAAGGACCUACUAAUUGUUUAUAAAAAUAAUAAUUCAAAACUUCACCAGCAGCUGGAGUUUCACUUUUUAUAUUGAGUAAUUUGUUUUGUAAAACGUAUAUGUCCAUUUUAAAUCUUUCAAGUGUAAUCAAACUAACAGCAAAUUGGCUGUGAACAUUUAACGCAAAUUUGCUGUGCAUAUUUAAAAGCCCAUACACACUUACUAUAAGCGAAUAUUUCGGAACAUUCAACGCUAGAUAUCGUCUGAUAACAUAGAUUUAACACGAUAUAAACUACUUUUUUUAACAUAUGUUCAUGUACCAAGUUAGUGUUCGUGUGUCGUAUGCAUAUAUUUAUUGCAAGAAAUUCAAAUGGAAUAUAUUGUUCCACAAAAAAAAAUAAAAACGAACAUUUUGUAUCUCGGUAAACCUGUAUUAUCAUAUCACAUCUAGCGUUGAAAUGUUGGCUAUUGCUAUAACGAAUACUAUUUUUAUGGGUUAAUUUUACUUAUACGAAAUAUGUUACUAGGUAUUCGUUGAUUUUGAGUAUUUAUGUUAUUUAAAAGUGACAUUAUGGGCAUUUUCACUAUUGAAUUGAGCUGAAAAGAAUUAACACGUUAAAAGAGUUAGUUAAAAUGUGGUCACUGACCAAUUAUCUGAAACUCAUCUUGCUACCAGUUGUUUAUAAAAAAUAUAUAUUAUAUUCAAUAUUUUGCAUGACUCACCCAGUCCGCUAAGCCGAAAUGUUCCGUAAAACAAUAUUGUGUCUUUUUGUCGUGCGCUUAAACUAAAUGUUGGUCCACAUCGUACAUGCAUGAUCAGUUGUCAAACGAAAGUACGGUUGAUAUUCAAAUGCAUUGUUUUUCUCUUUCCGGGAUAUUGUUUUAGAGUGUUGAUGCUGCAUUAACAAAUUAACGUGUAUAUGAAGUUAAAACACCAAAAAUAAACAACAGUUGCGAUAGACACAUAUAGACUGUUAGAUGAUCAUAAAAUCUUUUAAUAUUUUAAUAAUAAGGGCGGACACACGGAAGGUAUCAAACAAUGUGUGCUUGUCUAAUAGUUAUCCUGUUUUCAGUGAAUUCGUAUUGAUACAUUGUAAAACAAAAAAUACAUAAAAUUAUUCAAGCAUGAGAUUACAUUACGCAUUUUAAGAUAUUUACUUUACGCUUUGUUAUGAAUAUAAUAUAUUAUUGUUGUUGACAUUAACAUCACGAGUGUAGAUUUCAUUUAACCUGUAUUUCUUAAGACAUGUAUGAACUCGACUGUCUGCAAUAUUUCAUUAAAUCAUUUUUCUGUAAGAUUAUUUUUAAGGUUAUAAGAACGUACUAUAUCAAGAUGAAAGUUAGUCAGUUAUAUAUUUAUUAAUUUUUAUAAAUCGUUUUGAGUGUUAAAGCGAGAUUAUACAAUUUUGUCAAAUAUUUAUGAAUUUAUAUUAAAUGUGUAAAAAACUUAUUAUACACAUAUUUCAAUAUAAAUUCAAAUUAAUGUAAGCAAGAACAUUUGUCGACCAAUGCGGAAUAUGCUAGAUAUUUAAGUCUUACUCGAAAAUGUCUGUACAGUCGAAUUCGCCAGCAUGUUUAUCAUGAAUGUACGAUGUGAACCUCAAUUUAGUUUAACGGAUCAUUUUAAUUUCCUGCAACGAUAUAUAUUUAUACGACACACGAACACCAACCCCGAUCCUAAUAAAAACACGAAUGCUUCAGUUAUUGUAGGAAAAUAUUUACGAAAUAUCUUCUUCACAGUCGGCUCGGGGAGCUAAUUUGUCUUGUUGCAUUUUAUGUAAUUCGUCUUCAAUGUAUAAUUUU